AUGAGACGUCUUGGUAAAAAUAAAAAAAGGCGAUGGCAGUAUUGCUACAAAGAUAUCGAUGCUAAAAUUCAAGACGCAGAACACCACAAAAGAAUAUUUGACCAGGAUUUUACACAAGUGUCAACACUAAACAAAAAAAACUACAUCGUAAAGGGAGAUAAGAAUUCAGCGAAACCUUUCAACGAUAUUCCUAGCGCAUGCGACAGAAGGUUGCAUACUUCGCAACCAAAACUGGAAAAAAGAAAACUUACUGAGAUCGAUAUCUGGGAAGAUGUACAAGCUUCAGUAAUGCCUUCUGGCAAAGGGUCUACUCUAGAAAACGCAGUCGAUAAGAAUCUAGGAAAUCAUUCCCUACCUUGUCCAGGACAAUCAUACAACCCGACUUUGCACGAUCACUUAUCCCUCAUUUCACGAAUAAAAGCUAUAGAGUCUGCAAAGCAAAAACGGGAGCUUAAAACAGAGCGCUUUGUUAGCAGUCUAAGAGGUGUUAACUCGUCACCGAACCCUCUUAAAGAUAUGGAAAAGUUCCUUCAGUCAUUAAAUGCUGAGUCUCACGUUACAAAAAGUAGUGAAGACGUUGAUGAGAUUUUUCUGCCUCGGAAAAAGCCUAAAAAAGUGGACCCUCACAAAAAAAUGAAAAACGAUCUCGAAAAUUUACCUAAGUUGCUUAAGGAAAUCAAACGUGAAAAGAAAACCAGGGAAAGGCGGAAGUCAGCAGCCAAAGCUAAAAGCGAAAUCCGUAGUAAACUGAAAAAAGUUGAUCUGAACAUACCGUUCCAGUUGCCCAAUGAGAUAUCGUCAUCAUUAAGAAAGUUGUGUCUAAGUUAUUCUACUGAACUGACAGAUACUUGUAAACUUAUCCCAUCUGUCUCCUAAUGACGACAAAAUCAAAUACACGGUUAGGAAUUGAUUGGCGUAGACUAAUGCAUAUAAAUGCGUGCUGCCGGUCAAAAACUUGAUUCAAAGCGACGGACCUUUAGUGUGCUCACGUGGCACAAUAGUCUAUUUUCCGAGACAAUUAUAAAAUUUAAUCGUCUUGUAGAUCUACUGAACUGCAGUUGGAUGCGGCGCGCAGACACAUCUGGAAGACAAUAUUUCGACCUUAGUUUCUUACGACUUGUAGGUCGCGAUUACCGUUGUUAUUACCUUCCUGCUACUUCCCUAUUGCGAUGGAAUGCCGAUUGUGUAGUUCAACAACGAUACCCUGAUACAUUUGGUAGUUUCGUUUGUGAAUCUGUGCAUAGCUAGUUUUCAGUAAUGUAGUAUUCGGUCUGGGCACCCGGGAAGUAUCGCAGCCCACACGCAAAUAAUGAACUCUCUAUGUCUAUGGAAACUACUCUUCUCGCUUCGAAUAACAAUCAAAUGAUUAUUAUUAUUUACCACAUUAUUCACCCUCUUUUAUACUUAUACAGUGGUUCAUUUUUGGUGGAAAUUUGACUAUCUAAACGUUCUCGAGUCACUGUCCGGUUGAAAAUUGUAUGUUACCACCGAAUAUGAGUACUGAAGCAAUUUUCUGAAACCACGUGCACCAU